UAUCUUGGCAGAGUAGGGCGAGGGUCGCUUAAUGCCAUUGGGUUGAAUGUCGUUGUCCCGGAAAUGGGAAGCUGGAUACCCGGAAGUAGUUGGGAGUAGCACCUGGAUUUGUCCACGUCUCAAGAUCUGUUGACAAUGGUGUCCCUCAUCAGCACCGUCGAUACGGGCCACGAGGAUAUGAUUCACGACGCCCAGAUGGACUUCUACGGCACCCGGCUGGCCACCUGCUCGUCGGACGCCACCGUGCGCAUCUUCAGCGUGCGGAACGGCAGCCAGACGCUGGAGACCGAGCUGCGCGAGCACCAGGGCCCGGUGUGGCAGGUGGCCUGGGCUCACCCGAUGUACGGCGCGCUGCUGGCGUCGUGCUCUUACGACCGGCGCGUCAUCAUCUGGAAGGAGACGGCCGGCCGCUGGAGCCGGCUCCAUGAGUACGCCAACCACGACUCGUCGGUGAACUCGGUCUGCUGGGCGCCGUACGGACUGGGCCUCAUCCUGGCCUGCUGCGGCUCCGACGGCUCCAUCUCGGUCAUCACCUACACCAGCGCCGGAACCUGGGACCCCAAGAAGAUCAACAACGCCCACACGAUCGGCUGCAACGCUGUCAGCUGGGCGCCCGAGGUGUCGGCCGGCAGCGUGCUGGAGAACCAGCCGCAGAAGGUGCAGAAGCGCUUCGUCUCGGGAGGCUGUGACAACCUUGUCAAGAUCUGGAGGGAGGAGGAGGACCAGUGGGUGGAGGAGGUGAAGCUGGACGCGCACUCGGACUGGGUGCGGGACGUGGCCUGGGCGCCGUCGGUCGGCCUCAAACGCCAGCUAAUCGCCAGCUGCUCGCAGGACCGGCGCGUCAUCAUCUGGGAGAACGACGGCGUCGGCACCAGCUGGACGCCGCACGAGCUGCCCACCUUCCCCGACGUCAUCUGGCACGUCAGCUGGUCGGUCGCCGGCAACAUCCUGGCCGUCAGCGGCGGCGACAACAAGGCCACCCUGUGGAAGGAGACGCUGGAGGGCAAGUGGGUUUGCCUCAACGAGAUCAACCUGGGCAAGGGCAGCAGUAUGCCGGCGGACCAGGGCACCAAGACGCUGUGAGCCGGCCGGCGCCGGGCGGGCAUCAACCUGGGCAAGGGCAGCAGUAUGCCGGCGGACCAGGGCACCAAGACGCUGUGAGCCGGCCGGCGCCGGGCGGGCAUCGCAUCCGCCUGGGUCUGCCCCCCGCGGCGGUGGACGGACCCCGGCGCUGCCUCGAGCCCCGGCGGACCGAGCCGGCCGGGCUGCUGGUGCACCCGUUUUAGGGGGAUUCCACGUCAUGAAAGCGCGCAGUCGCUGGCUUGUUAUGCUCGUAAUAAAGAUGUAUCUGCG